AUGGCAACAACAUUAGAACAUCUCGCCGUCGAAUUAUUCUAUGAAAUAUUUAUUUACUUCCCAUUUCAUGAAGUAUUCAAUAUUUUUUCUAAUCUUAAUUCACAAUUUGCUGCUAUCAUAAAUAACAUGCCAUUUAUGCCCGUUUACUUGUGUUUCAAUGGAAUGAGUAUAGUAGUGAUCGAAUUGUAUUAUAGAUAUUUAUCACAACCAAACAUUUGUAAUCAUCUUAUUUCAUUAUGUGUCUCAGAUACAUUAGCUAUUGAUAAUGGAUUAUGGUUAGCUGAACAUGUAUCUAAAUUUAUCAAUCUUCGUCAUUUAUCUUUAAUUGACAUUAAACGUUCUUCUUUUGAAAUGGUUCUCAAUUCAUUGUCAUCAAUUAAUUCUCUCAUCAUAUUUAGUAUGCACUUUCCAACAACUAAUCGUGCUGCAUAUACGUAUAUAGGUGUACCUGAAGGUGCAUAUUAUGAAUGA